GGCCGGGGCCGGCGCCGGGAUAAGAGGCGGGGAACCCUUCGGCGGCUCGGACGGACUGUGUUCUCCGGUGCCGUGCCGUGCCGUGCCGUGCCUGUCUGCCGGCGGGAUGGAGGAGCUCUACAGCAAGGCGGAGACCCUCGCGCUUCGGAGGAAGCACAUCGGGCCUUCCUGCAAAGUUUUCUAUGCCAAGGACCCUCUGAAGAUAGUCCGUGCUCAGGGCCAAUAUAUGUUUGAUGAGAAAGGAGAAAAAUACUUAGACUGCAUCAACAAUGUUGCACACGUGGGCCACAGCCAUCCAUACGUGAUAAAGGCUGCAACAAAACAGAUGGAGCUGCUCAAUACAAACUCUCGCUUCCUGCAUGACAACCUUGUUCAGUAUGCACAGCGACUCACAGCCACCCUGCCUGAGAAACUCUCUGUUUGCUAUUUUGUUAACUCUGGGUCUGAAGCAAAUGAUCUUGCUUUGCGGCUGGCUCGGCAGUACCGUGGGCACCAAGAUGUGAUCACCCUGGAAAAUGACUUGGAUAUUCAACACUCACACAGUGCUUACCAUGGCCAUGUUACAUCUCUGAUCGACAUCAGCCCCUAUAAAUUUAAUCAGCUGGGAAAGGACAGCAAGAAGGAGUAUGUGCAUGUGGCCCCUUCUCCAGAUAUCUACAGAGGAAAAUACAGGGAAGAUCACCCAGAUCCAGCAAGUGCUUAUGCUGAAGAGGUGAAAAAGAUUAUUGAAGAAACACAGAAGAAUGGACGCAAGAUUGCUGCCUUCAUAGCUGAAUCCAUGCAGAGCUGUGGAGGCCAAGUAAUUCCACCUGUGGGCUAUUUCCAGAAAGUGGCAGAGUAUGUGCGUGCAGCAGGUGGAGUGUUCAUAGCUGAUGAGGUCCAGGUUGGCUUUGGCAGAGUUGGGAAGCAUUUUUGGGCAUUCCAGCUGCAAGGUGAAGACUUUGUGCCCGACAUCGUCACCAUGGGAAAGCCCAUUGGCAAUGGACACCCUAUGUCUUGUGUGGUCACAACAAGGGAAAUUGCUGAAGGUUUUGGUGCUUCUGGACUGGAGUAUUUCAAUACAUUUGGAGGCAAUCCAGUGUCUUGUGCCAUUGGCUUGGCUGUGCUGGAUGUAAUAGAGAAAGAAGAUCUCCAAGGGAAUGCCACACGUGUAGGAAAUUAUCUCCUGGAGUUGCUGGCUGAGCAAAAGGAGAAGCAUCCCUUAGUGGGAGAUAUCAGGGGUGUUGGAUUGUUUGUUGGAGUGGAUCUGGUGAAAGAUAAGCAGAAGCGAACACCAGCCACGGCUGAAGCCCUCCAUCUUAUUUACAAACUCAAAGAGCAUCAAAUCCUUCUUAGUGCCGAUGGACCCUACAGGAAUAUUUUAAAAUUUAAACCACCAAUGUGUUUCACAAUGGAAGAUGCAAAACACGCAGUGCAGACACUCGAUGCACUUCUUACAGAACUGGAAGAGGCCACUGGAAUGAAGACAGAAAAUAAUGCACCUACAAAUGUGCAGUGUAAAAGAAAAACAACUGAAGAGAGUUCUCAACCAGAAGGUGCCAGUGAAAGCAUUGGCCACAUGAAUGGAGCUGCCUGCCGACAAGAAAAUGGGAUUUACUCGAAGAAACGCUCAGUGCCAAGUAAAAGAAUAAGAACAUGAAGAGGGACAGUCUCUUCAUUCAGUUUGAAUUUGUGUCCGUCUUGCUUUUGAGAUGAAGAGUGCAAUAGUCUGAGUCCUAGGAUCUGUUUGAAGCCUAGUCAUGCCUUUCACAAACUGGCUGGAUUCCUAUGAGCUUCAGUAGGUUUAAAAUACCUUUUCAGAUACAUGAGAACUGUGCCAUGUGGCUUGAAAUCUAGAUGUGACAGAAUGCACAAGUGAUACAAAAAUACCUUGGUGCUGAUGGCAGGUGUGACAUAGGUACACAGACUUGGUGAAAACUGCAGGUUUAUCCAUAUUAUGCAGCAUCUGAUUCGCUUAACUGCCAUAAAGCAAAUGCCAAUCCUAUUAAGUUUAAAAAAUAUGUGCUUAACAUGCUAUUUUUACAAUAUUUUGAAUUUCAAUAUGUAAUAUUGAGAUGUUAAUUACUUCCCAUGUUUUAAUGGCUGAAUUCACUAAACAAUGCUUGAGAAAGAAAUUGUUAUUAUCUUCUAGUGUAACUUAGGUCCUAUGGACCAUAUUCCCAGCUGAUGUAAAUUGGAGCAGCUUUGCUAAUGCCAGCAAUGCUCUACUAAGAGUCUGCAACUCUGUGUGUAGAGACACAAUGUCUAUGCAGAGAGCUCUCACAUAAAUUCAAGGAAAAUAAAGAAUCUAAUUUUCUAUGAAUAAAGCAACUUUUAUAAAUAUUUAUAUAGAGUAAGAUUUUAAAAUUUUUUCCCUAGAGUUUAUAGAUUGGAUCCUAUCAGUCUAUAAAAUAUGCAAGUAAAGUAUAUAUAAUUGCAGACACACUGAUUGAUUGAAUUUAACCUGAAGGUGUCUGAAAAUGAGGUUCCCAGGACAGGUCAGCUUGCAUUCCCAUGGAUUUGAGUUGUUUUGAGAGUCAUGGGAAUUACUGCCUGAUCCUGUCAAAGCGGUGCUGGUACUUUUUGUCAGGGGUGAUGAAGAGUUGCACACCAGUUCUGUGGGAUCCUGACACAUAAAUGGUGACACUGGACAGGUGACUGAAAGGAGAGGACCGCUGCAUAAACCAUGCAUGCAGCCAGUGCCUAUCUGUGCUGCAGAUACUUCAGGCUGACUUUCCUCACUGUCAGGGUUAAAUUUCAAUGACAGCACACAAGCCCUUCUUAAAUGUAUUAACAGCUCCAUGCUAUGGAGGACACUGAGGGCUUUCCAAAUAGUUGGUACUUCAGAAAAAAAUACAAAGUGUAUUUAUUUCCUCUUCAAUCUUAAUACCCUAAAUUCUGCUGUUUCCUAAUUGCUGCUAAUUAUCCUACUGAUAUGACUGAAAAUUGAGCACUUUAUCUAAUUUCAUGUUUCCACAAUUUACUACAUUUAUGUCUAUGUUUCUGGUGUAACUUUUUCCAACAUCCUCAAGCUGGCUUAUUUUCUCUCUCAUGAUCCUUGAAUAAUUAUUCCAUAAAAAUAAAUCUCUUGUUUGUAAUUAUGAUGUCCUACACAAAGAA